CUGGCGAGUGUUCCUGUCUUGGCUCCCUCCGCCCGCGCGAGUCCAAGGAGGUUCUGGAGCCCCCUCGCCUUCGUCACUUUCCUAAGCUUUGCUACGCGUUUCUACCGGCUGCGGGAGCCGCCGCACAUCUGGUAUUGGGUUGCGGGAUGCCAUGGCGACGGGGGCGGGACUUUGCUUUAGAGGCGGAACCUGUCGGUGGAAGAGAGAGGUUUUUUUUUUUACUUUUGCAUUAGAGCUCACUUCAGAUAGGAGGAUGGUUGCUUCCAAGUGACUCAUGCAGUUACUUGUUGGGGUCGUUUGCCCUGAAAAGCAGAAUAUAAGCAAAAGUCACAUUUUUGGUCUCUUCUUUCCUCAUGUGCAUACAUCAUUCUCUUGCAUUUCUGUCCUCCUAAAAACGUUAUGGGUUGAAUUAGGCUGGACUGGAGUAAUUAGUCCAAAGCUGGGAUGAAACACAUUUUGGAAAGAUGGGGAGUUAUUAUAUUAACCGGACAUUUUUCUUUGAUGUCCAUCCACCUUUGGGGAAGAUGUUAAUAGGACUUGCUGGCUAUCUGAGUGGUUAUGAUGGGACUUUUCCUUUCCAGAAGCCUGGGGAUAAAUAUGAGCAACAUAACUAUAUAGGAAUGAGAAUGUUCUGUGCCUUCCUUGGUUCAUGUCUGACCCCCUUCUGCUACCUCACAGUGCUGGAGCUCUCCAGAUCAUUGCCUGCAGCAAUAAUCACUGCUACCAUCCUGAUUUUUGACACUGGCUUCAUUACAAUCUCACAGUACAUUCUACUUGACCCCAUUUUGAUGUUCUUCCUCAUGGGAGCUGUACUCAGUAUGGUUAAAUAUAAUUCUUAUUCAGAUAGGUCCUUUACCGCUCCCUGGUGGUUCUGGCUGUGUUUGACUGGAGUGAACCUCGCUGGUGCAAUGGGGGUGAAAUUUGUUGGCCUUUUUGUUGUCCUUCUGGUUGGCCUGAAUACUAUCUGUGAACUUUGGGAGUUAUUAGGAGACCUUAGUCUGUCACUGGUCACACUGGGAAAGCACUUCUUGGCUCGUGCACUUUGCCUCAUUGUACUGCCUCUUGUCCUCUAUACAGCUCUUUUUGCAGUGCAUUUUGCAGUGUUAAACAGAAGUGGACCUGGUGAUGGUUUUUUCAGUUCUGGAUUUCAAUCCCGGCUCAUUGGAAACAAUCUUCAUAAUGUUUCUGUUCCAGAACAUGUAGCAUAUGGCUCUGUGAUAACACUGAAGAACCUUCGCAUGGCAGGAGGAUACCUUCACUCCCACUGGCACCUGUAUCCUGAAGGAGUGGGAGCAAGGCAGCAGCAGGUCACUGCAUAUUUACACAAAGACUUGAAUAACUUAUGGAUUAUAAGGAAACAUAACUUCAAUAGAGAUUAUUCAGACUCUACCUUCCCUGUGGAGUUUGUGAAACAUGGAGAUAUUAUACGUCUGGAACACAAAGAGACAUCAAGAAAUCUGCACAGUCAUCAACAUGAAGCCCCCUUGACAAGGAAACAUCUUCAGGUCACUGGCUAUGGCAUUAAUGGAUCUGGAGACUCCAAUGAUUUCUGGCGAAUUGAAGUUGUAGGAAGAAAGGAUGGGAAACGUAUCAAAGUCCUGAGAAGUAAAAUACGAUUGAUUCAUCUAGCAACAUCCUGUAUCUUGGGUUCAACAGGAAAGACAUUACCCAAAUGGGGCUGGGAACAAGUAGAAGUCACUUGCACUCCAUAUCAGAAGGAGACUCCAAAUACUCUUUGGAAUAUUGAAGAUCACAUUAAUUCCAGAUUGCCCAAUAUCAGUUUGGAUGUUUUGAAACCUUCCUUUCCAGAGAUACUACUGGAAUCUCACAUCGUUAUGAUCCGAGGAAACAGUGGCCUUAAACCAAAGGAGAAUGAAGUCACAUCAAAACCUUGGCAUUGGCCAAUCAAUUACCAGGGUCUGCGUUUUUCUGGUGUCAAUGAAACAGACUAUAGGGUGUAUUUGCUGGGAAACCCGGUGAUUUGGUGGUUGAAUCUAAUUGCUAUUGGAUUAUAUCUUAUGAUGAUAACAUUUAUAUCCGUGGCUGUGAAACGAGGAGUUCAGCUAACAGCUGAAAACAAAGAGCUUGCUCGAGUUUUGCUGCAAGGUGGGGGAAGGAUUAUCCUGGGAUGGUUUCUCCAUUAUUUUCCUUUCUUCAUGAUGGGCAGAGUGCUCUAUUUUCAUCAUUACUUCCCUGCCAUGCUUUUCUCCAUCAUGUUGACAGGGAUUACGUGGGAUAUAUUCCUGAAAUUCUGCGUUUGGUUUUUUUCAACCAGCAUCCAAGCUAGGAAGAUUUAUAACUAUGGAAUAGCAGUGUUGGUCGUGCUCAGUAUGUACAGCUUUUACCUCUUCCAUCCUCUAUCCUAUGGGAUGACGGGACCUCUGGCUUCUGAUCCUAGCAGCUCAAUGGCAGGCCUUAAAUGGCUGGAAACAUGGGAGUUUUAGAUCCAGCUUUUUUUUUUUAAGAAAGGAAUAAAAUAGAAGAACAGACGUGGUCAAACAUUUCUGUCCAUUUGAUGAUUGCUAUGAAGAAUCUUCUCUUAAACAUUUCUGAGUGGAGACAGUGAACUAUCGAAGAAGGAGGCAACAGUGUGGGAGAACCUCCGACAGAAAGGUCCAUUGCUCCAGUCAUUUGAGCCAGCUGCUACUUUAACGUUUGAACCGUCCAAGCAAUAUUUAAACACUCAUGCUGUCUUAUCAAGACAAUCUACAGCAAUGUCAUAAUGUGCGAUUUUGAGGAUGCAUGCGUUUCAGAAAGAUGUAGAUUAUGCAAUCUAUCUCUGUUCAAGUGUGACAUGACAACAGGGAAUAUCAACUGUUUUUUUAAAAAAUGGUCUUUUGCAAAUGGGAUCAUUCAAAACCAAUAAUUUAUGAAGUUUUUAAAGGGAAGUUGUCUCUCUGUGUGUACUCAUAUAUAUCCUCAAGAGUCAUCUCUUUCUUGCUUUGAUUUUAAAUAAUUGGACUUAAAUGUUUCAGUUGGUUGAAGAUUACAGGUUUCUGUGCAUUUUUUUCUUCUAAGACAAAACGCAACAAGUUAUUUCUAUUUUUGCCUAAUACUUCUGUCUCUCAGCACUAACUAUUAAUUGCAGUAAAGCAAGUCUUACCACUACCUAGCAGACUCAUAAGAGUUAUUAAAUUAUAACAUUCCAGUCAUUACACCACUAUUCUAAGGAUUUUUUAGAGGAGUGAUGUUAAGUUUUUGAUCUCCAGCUCUAAAUUCCUUUUGAGCAAGGCUGCAAAGCUGCAUUAGAUUACAUAAUAGUUUGGAGCAUUUGCUAGUGCUGACAUUAAUCCGAUUUAUGGCAUCACCUGAGGGAAAGCUGAUGUGAAUGAAUGUAGGUUGUGCAAAAUAAGUGGUAAUAUGGGUUAUUCUUUGCUAAAGACAUAAUUAUUUUGAGAAGUCUUUUCCUCUACGCUAUCUGGAGAAAGGUUUUAUAGUUUCAGGGCAGCUUGAUAAUAGAACCAAACUCUUCAGCUGGAUAGAGGAAGAAUUUUUGUGAUGGCAUGUGAAAGAAACUCUGAAAAACAAUCUGACUGAAAAACAUUUCACUCUCAGUAUUGUGCAAUGCAACCAGGAUUUUUUAGAACAAAUUUGGCUUCAGCUCUAGUUACAUUGAUCACCUAUGUCCAGAUUACUAAAAUAUUCCAGUAAUUCAUUUUAGCAUGUGUAUGAAACAUUGAAGCCUCCCAAAUUCGAUUCUCCAUGCCAUCCUUCAUUUAUUGGCUAUCUUGGUUGGCAUGGAGACUGUUAAUAGUUUAGAUGUCCCAAUCCAAAAAAAACCCCAAAGGAAGCACAACUGUAUUUAUUAGUCUGGCUUAAUCUAAUAAUUGUCACAGUGCAUUUGAGUUGUGUUUGGUUUCAGAUUUUAUCAUUUGCAGCCUUCCGAAAACUGACACCCUCCAAAUAUACUGGGAUAGCUGGAUACCUGUGCUUUGCUACGAAACUAUGUGAUGGGGCUUGAUAAAUUGAUACUUACAGCUUGAAAAUUAAUGAGUUGUUAUGAUCAGCCUCUCGUCUCCCCUUCUUUCCCUCAGCCUUGCUCCACAGAAAUGUCUCCUAUCCUAUCUCCCUUUUCUCCCUCAGGCUGGCCCCAUAGAUAAUGAUGAUGAUGAUGAUGAUAAUAAUAAUAAUAAUAAUAAUAAUAAUAAUAAUAAUAAUAAUAAUAAUAAUAAUAAUAAUAAUAAUAUUUUAAUUUGUAUAUCCUCUCCUCUUCAUUUCUCUUCCUCAGGCUGGCCCCACAGAAGCCUGUCCUAUCCCCUUCUCUCUCUCAGGCUUUCUAGCCCCUUCUCUCCAUGAGGCUUGCCCCACAGAAGCCUGUCCUAUGCUAUCCCGUUCUCUCCAGAGGUAUUUUCAAGUUGGGUGGGGGAAUAGAACGUCUAAUUAGCAUCACAGCGUGUUAUAAUAAUAUUGGAAGCACUAAUGCUCUGAUGGUCAUUUCAAAAAAUCCUUUCUUAGUGAGCACCUAGAAGCCAAGAGGAACAUACGUGGCAAAUUUCAAGUUUGUAGGCUUUAUAGUUCUGGAGAUUUCGUGAUUAAUGCGUGAGUGGUUUUUGCUUUUAUAUAUAUAGAUUACAACUGGGAUUACACAAACAGCCAAUCCCUAUGAUAUUUGGGAUCAAUGGGUCAAGUGAGAAAGCAAGUUGAGAAAGGCUACUUUAGAUAAUAAUAAAAAGUCACAGGUUUCUUCUAUGUGUCCUAUUGAGCAUUGUAGGAAAUCAUUGUAACAGUUGGUAUAUUUCCUAUGUCAGGAUUCCAUUUAUUUGGUGACGAGAGGCUCAGUGAUCAUAUACAGGAACGAAAUAGAAAAAUAGAAAUACCAGGUAGAAAUGACUGUGCUUAGAAUCUGCUGUUUCUUCUAUCAGCCGAUCAGCAGGGAAACAAGAAGACUAUGACAUCGGUAGCAAUUCAGUGGGUUAUAUAGGUAGAUAAUUUGAUAGCAACAGUUGUUAUAAAUUCUUGACUAUUUUUUAUUAUGUGUUCAAAUAUUACUCUUGAUUACAUUUCUAAAUCAGGUCCCCAUAAAAUGGUUCUGAACUAUUCAUGUUAUAUAGUAUGUGUGCUGUGUAACAUGAAUAGAAUGAGUAGAAUGUACUUGGCUUUUUAAAGGAGGGCAGCCUUUUUUAUUAAUUAAAAUUAUUUUGUGCAAAAUGGCAUAACAAUUUAAUUUAAUAUUUCAACAAGGCUGCUGGACCCUUUUCUUCUGGAUUCUGCAGGACUCCAGCGGACAAUUAUUCAGUGUAGCCUUGCCUGAUGUUCUGAUCAUUCAGCACAUACGUGCUGUGGUUAAAAGGCAGUAUUGCAUAGAACAUUUUUUUUUGAACAUGUAUACAGUAGUUCCUUUUGAAUUUGAUGCAAUAAGACUAGUUUACCACUGUGCAAAGAGAGAUAUCCGAUUUGGCAUUAACUGCUGUCCUUCGCAGCAUAAUGUCAUAACUCCAAUAUUGCAGUCUAGCACUGAGUGGUCUCUUGCCUGUAUGAAGAUAGUCCCCCUUAGCUCUUCUACCAUCACACUGCAAAUACUCAGUUUCUGUAGGAAAGAGAAAUUCUAAGUGAAUGUGCCUUAGCUCAGUAUUUUGUACUUGUGAUGCAUUAAUACAUGCUUAUGUCUCGACUGUAGUGUGCCUUUCCACAUAUAUGUUAUUGGCUUUCUUGUACUUUGAAAUCCUACCUUAUCGAUUUUUUUCCCUUUUACUGCACAUAAUUAACUAGCUUCAUUCAUUCCUUGUUUUGAAGCCAUUUUCUUUUUAGAACUCUCGAAAUAUUGUACUAAAAGAAGUAUGCAGAUCGAAGAAUGAGUUCGCUGCAAAAUCUCCUUUGAAGUAGACCAUUGUGAUUUUGCAAAAAUAUUUCUAUUAUUUCAUAGUAUUCAAUUUCACUGCCCUUCCAAUGUUUGGAUCAUUCACUUUCCUAUCAGUUACUAAAACCAUAUGGCUCCUAUAGUUGUCUCUCUUCUUCCCCUUUGCGGUCUUGAUGGAGUACAGACCACUUUGCCAUGAUUGAAGGCAUGACUAAAUAAAACUUUUUGUUUUGAGUCCUUGAAUUACAUAAACCUUGAUUUUCCAUACUAGGAUGGGACUGCAAUGAUGACACCACAAAUGGGAUAAGGAAGGAGAAAUCAGCAAUGCUGUAUGUUCUCAUUGGGGGUCAGUAGCCUCUCUUGAUAGCAACUCUUUAAAAAGCUUAAAAAAAUUACUUGGGUUAUUGUUGAAGAAAAGCAGGUCUGAAAAAAGUCACAUGAUUGGUAGGAGCCCUUAUGCCUUUCUUUAUACAAUCUGUAUUAAAGUAAUGUCAACUCUGAGGUUACAAAACAGUGAAUAAGCUUUUGAUUUCUCUAGAAUUUUUCAUCUAUUUAAAAGGUACACAGGAAGGAAAGAAGGAAGAAAUAGAUGCCACUGAAAGCAUAAUCUUAACAUGGAGUGUGGGAGGAGGUUGUGUCCAUUCAAAUGAAGCUCUUCUACUUACUAAAUGGUUUUAAGAUUUGCAGUCGGACUGUCUCUGGUUUCUAUAAGAAAUAAACAAUUUAAGAAAAAAAUUCUAGCUAUUAUUUCACACACUCUCUGCCCCUAGAUAAAACUCAAUCUCCGACGUUAUGAUUUUCCUUACUGAUGCUGCCAAUACUGAAGUUGUUAGUGUGCUUGGUUAUAAUUUGCAUCUGAUUACUGUGUGUUUAAGUUAAUACAUGUCAUUGCUCUUUAAAUGUACAUAGUACUAAUAAAAGAAAACUGACUUUGAAUUGGCACUGUUUUUUAAAGAGGAUUAAUUGAUAGAUUACCUUUUAAUU